UCCCUGUCUGUUGUGCUUUUCUUGGCGAGGGAUUAACACGUUCGCUCCUCGACUCCUCAAUUGUCGUCAAUUCCUACCAAUUGAACCAAAACAAAUAAUAAAAAGUAUUUAACUCCUCGACUCGAACUGAACGCUUGCAGGUCAAUUAUUCCAAAUUCCCCAUACCCAUUCUAUUUUACAUUAAAUUAAAUUAAAUUAGCCAAGUUAAAUUCCGUUAAAUUAAACUGAAUUAAUUUAAUUUCAUAGAAUAAAUGAAUUAAUUAUCCUCAUUAAAUUCAUCAAAUGAAUUUUAAGCGCGAGUGCAAGUGAAAAAAUCAGCGCAAAUAAUGGAAUUAACCGAAGUUUCAAUCGGAAAUCACGAGGAGGUAAAUAAAUCCGGGGAGAUUAAAAAAUUGAGGAAUCCAGACUUGACGUACGGAAUUGAUGACGUUCCUCCAUGGUAUCUGUGUCUUUUUAUGGCGGUUCAGCACUACUUGACGAUGAUAGGGGCCAUCGUGUCGAUUCCCUUCAUCCUGACUCCUGCUUUGUGCAUGGCUGAGGAUGAUCCCUCUCGCAGCUACAUCAUCUCGACGAUGAUCUUCGUUACGGGACUCGUGACACUCGCCCAGACCAUCUUCGGAUGCAGACUUCCACUGGUUCAGGGUGGAACGAUAUCGUUCCUAGUACCGACCCUCGCCAUUCUGAAUUUGCCGCAGUGGAAGUGUCCCCCCGAAACGGAGUUGUCAGCCAUGAGCUCCGAGGAGCGCACGGAGCUGUGGCAAAUCCGGAUGCGAGAGUUGUCGGGGGCAAUCGCAGUCUCCGCACUAUUUCAAGUCUUCAUCGGGUUCUUCGGCAUCGUGGGGGACUUACUCAAGUUCAUAACACCGCUGACGAUCACCCCAACAGUAGCUCUGGUUGGGCUGUCCUUAUUUGAGAAUGCGGCGGAGACUGCUUCGCAGCAUUGGGGCAUUGCCGCCGGGACCAUUUUGAUGCUCACCCUGUACUCGCAACUGCUGGUGGAGAUCCGAUGCCCUUUCAUCGUGUACAGAAAGGGCGAGGGCCUGAAAAUUAUCUGGUUUUAUCUCUUCAAACUAUUUCCAGUAUUACUGACGAUUGUCGUUAUGUGGAUAAUCUGUGGAAUUCUGACCGUCACUGAUACUCUUCCGUUCGGUCAUCCCGGUCGCACAGACACGAAAAUCAGGAUCAUCAGCGAUUCUCCCUGGUUCCGUGUGCCGUAUCCCGGCCAGUGGGGAAUGCCCACUGUCUCGUUAUCUGGGGUCUUGGGGAUGCUCGCUGGUGUACUGGCCUGUACUGUUGAGUCCAUUAGUUACUAUCCAACUACUUCGAGAAUGUGUGGAGCUCCACCACCUCCUGUGCAUGCAAUCAACCGUGGGAUUGCCUUCGAGGGCUUGGGAACAGUCCUCGCUGGUCUCUGGGGGAGUGGAAAUGGGACGAACACCUUCGGCGAGAACGUGGGAACCAUCGGAGUGACUAAAGUCGGGAGCAGGAGGGUCAUCCAGUGGGCCUGCGUCCUCAUGAUUCUCCAGGGCCUCAUCAGCAAGUUCGGGGCGGUUUUCAUCAUCAUUCCUGAGCCCAUUGUUGGGGGAAUAUUCUGCGUUAUGUUCGGGAUCAUCUGCGCCUUUGGUCUGUCUGCAUUACAAUAUGUGGACUUGAAUUCCUCGAGGAAUCUGUACAUCCUCGGCUUUUCCAUAUUCUUCCCGAUGGUACUCUCUAAAUGGAUGAUUAAAAAUCCAAAUGUCAUUCAGACCGGCAACGACGUGGCAGAUGGUGUGAUAACCGUGCUACUUAGCACGACAAUUCUCGUUGGAGGUGUAACCGGCUGUGUACUCGAUAAUUUUAUUCCGGGGACGUCUGAGGAACGGGGACUGGACAAAUGGGCGAACGAGAUGGCUCUGAAUUUUGAUGCUACCGAGGAUGAGGGCAGGGAGCCAGAGUACAAUACCUUUGACUUUCCCAUUGGAAUGAAAUUAUUGCGAAGGUGGAGGUGGACGUCGUACCUCCCGUUCUCCCCCACCUACAGGCCCCGACCCAACGCCUGUCGACGCAAGAAAGCAGCUUACAACGUCGAGGGAUGAAAUAAAAUGAGUGCGAACAACGAAUUUUUUGAAUAAAUAAUUGCUUUCUGUACAA